GUUGAUUUUGAGGGUUUUUGGCUUGAGCUGUGGUGGGAUCGUGAUAUUUGAGCACUUGCUACUACAAUAAUUAAUUGUAACAUCUGAGGAGCUUGAAACUUGAUAGAGAGGAUAGCAAGAAUGGCAUACUAUUCCGACCCCUUCAUCUACCUCCUCUUCACAAUCGACCCCGGGCUCGGGUGCAUCAGUUUUAAUGCCCUCGUAGCAUUCAUCGUUACGCUCGCCGUCCUGUUCGCGAUCGUACGGCGCUCGAAAGAUUGGCCCGAAGCCAUCAGAUUACAUGUCGGCCUUGCUUUACUCUCACUAUGGCUCAUAACCCACUGGAUCGACUCGGUAAUCAGCCACGUCGACCGCAACGUCACAGCGUACGCUCAAAUAUACACCAUGUUCACGCAUAUCAUUCGCAUCUGCACCGACGUCCUCGUUAUCACAGGCCUCUGGCGCAUCAUCAUCCGGUACGAUUUCCUGCGGCCCUUGAAAGUGGAUGCAUUUGCCGAUAACUUGUUUUCGGGCGUUCUGUGGACGUUGGCGACGGUCCAUAUCGCGCUCUUAGUAGCGGCGACGGGGCUGUGGUUGAAGAAUCAGAAUGGGGAUGAAGAUGAAACGGAGAGGGUUGCGAGGGCGAGGAGCGCGCUGGAGGUUACGUAUAUAACGGUGCAGUUUUGUGCUAUGCUUGUUAUGAGUAUUUAUGCGUGUUCGAGGGCCACGGAGAGGCAGACGGGUUGUGCUUAUUAUGAUGAAUUCGGAUACAUGGCUCAUGCGGCAUUUGCGCUGUUGCUGAGGUCCUUUUGCGAGAUCGUCAUCGUGGGACAGCUUGAUCGUUCUCACUCUGAUAUCUAUGAUCCUCAGAGAGCUAGAGAUGUCAUGUACGGGCUCUGUAGCAUUUAUCUUGUCUUGGUGGUGGCAUUUGCAGUUCCUGAGAAGGGCAAGGAAGAUCCACUCGUAAUCAAGGAUCAUGCAGCAGUGGAGGAAAUCAAGAGACUAAUUGAAGAAAGAAUCGCGGAGGUAACAGAUGGCGGAAAGAAUACUGCACCGACAAUGUCUAGUGUUCUAAACGGGAUUGAAGAGAAUCUGAGAGCGCAGACGGUCCCUGCGGAUGCUCAGCAGGAGUAUUUCAUGAAACUGAACGAAAUUGCUAGACUGAGAAAGCAGUUUGCGAAUUGGGAGCCGGUGUACAAGGGUAGCAACAAUGCAAAUGGACAGAACGAGAUAAUAGAGCUGGUGGAGAAGAAUGAUCGAAAGGCUGCAGCAGAGGACAACACCCAAAGGACCGGAGUAGGACGUAUGAUGCGGUCGUGGCAGGGCAAAAGUAACAGUGAGAGUAAACCGAAGAAAGACGUGGAGGAAGAUGAACCGAGACCGCAGCCAGGAGUGUGGGCAACAACGGAGGAUGCAGUAUGAACACCCUGUAGAGUUUAAACUUAUAAAACGCCGAAUGGCUUGUAAUACCAAUAUUUAUGGCUUUAUUUGUUGUAUAAGUGAUAGUAGAAUGGC